GUUAGGGUUUAUGGAUGCAAUUUCGACCGAAGAAGGCUACGGAAGCUCGUUUCUUAGUCGAGGCUGUAUUGCUCAGCUUCACUUCAGGUUUGGCUAUUCAGCUACAUCUCCGAUAUAUCGCCGAGGACUCUCCUCUAGGUCAGCAAAUAAUCCCGGGUCAUCCUGCAUAUGUGUUCUUUACGCAUAAGGCUAUUACUUUAGGAUGUCAAAUAAUUUGGUUUCGCAGCAGUUGCCAAUUUCAAGCAUGCAAAUGACUCAGAUGGAUCCGAUUGUAAGUAAAGUUGACUCAUUGGGAAGCGACUUGCCACUUGGACUUGUAGGCCCUGGAUCCAGUAACACUAUGUCUCAGCAACAGGAGGCACCAAAUAAUCACGUUGGAUUAUUGAGAGCUGUUCCUGGUCAUCCCGGAUCCCAUGGAUUGUCAGUGCCGAUGGUGCAGAGUGGGCAGACAGAUUCACAUGCAAGUAAUCCAGGCAUGCAUCAGCUUGUUGCACCUAUUGAACAACCUAUGCAAAGGGAGAUGAGGUUGAACAGUAUGGGGCCAAAGCAGCUGUCAAUAAUGCCCAAGCGAAAGGCAGCUGCAGAACCAUUGUCUGUUAGCUCGGUGACAUCUAAUAAGCGAGUUGCUCAAAUGGAUAGGCCUUGGUUGCAGCAUGUGCCUAAUACAUCACAUAGAGGUUCUGUGCAGAUGCGUCCUCUGUCAAAUGCCCCUGGGCUGCAGAAUCUGCCAGCAUCUAGUAAGAGAAAAGCACAGAUGGAAUCCAGUAAACUGGGGACACCUCGGUCAACCGAGUCCAGUAAAUCAGGGACACCUCGGUCUUUGAGUUCUAAAAGUCAUAAUGCUCAGGUGCAACAAUCAUCCAAAAUUCAAACUGAAUCAUCAGAAUCAGUUAGGUCCAAGAUGAGGGAGUCAUUAGCUGCUGCUCUGGCCUUGGUUUCUCAGCACAGUAGACCUCAGGAGGAAAAGAAUAAUAUACCUCAGGAUGAAAAGAAUAAUACAUCGAAUGAAACAGGUGAUUCCCAGGUUAAUCUAAAUAAUAGUUCUCAGUGUUCAUCUGCUGUUACUGAUGCUGCGCAGGGGCAAACACAGGAGGUUUCUCGAUCUGUCGAGUCCUAUUCUGCAGUAAUCGAUUCAUUUGACAAUAUAACCAAAGAUGUUGAAUACGCGCAUGGUGAAAUGGGAUGUACAAAGAUGUUGAAUUUUCCCCAUGUCUCAAACUGUGAUAAGCAAGACUUCCAGUCAAAUUACACUUUGACAACUGAUGAUGUUCCUUUCAGUGACACCUUUUAUGUCAAAGAUGAACUUCUGCAGGGAAAUGGUCUUUCUUGGGUAUUGGACUCUGAUAUGGUGGACAUGUCAAUUGAGCAGGAAAUCCAAACAAAUGAGGAUCAGAGAUUGGAACCUGAAGAUGUAGGCAGUAGUGCUGGGAAACAAACUGUGAACUCACCUGAAUUUUUGGCGUCAGAGAUAGAAGCAGAACUAUUCAAACUAUUUGGAGGUGUGAAUAAGAAGUACAAAGAGAAGGGGAGGUCGCUUUUAUUCAAUUUGAAAGACCGUAAUAAUCCUGAAUUGAGGGAAAGGGUCAUGUCUGGUGAGAUCCCCCCUGAGCGAUUAUGUUCCAUGACUGCAGAAGAGCUUGCUUCAAAGGAACUUUCUGAGUGGCGAAUAGCCAAAGCUGAGGAGCUUGCUCAAAUGGUGGUUUUGCCUGAUUCAGAUGUAGAUAUUAGACGAUUGGUCAAGAAAACACACAAAGGUGAAUUCCAAGUGGAAGAAGUGGAAGUUGAACAUGAAGACAACCUCUCAGUAGAGGUGUCUGGUGGUAAAACGCUGGUUUCUCAAAGUCAGACAGAAAGGAAGGAUGUGGAAGGCUCCCCUUCUAAAGCUGAUGGGACCAAAAAUGAUGUGACCGCUGAUGUUGGAAAGAGUAAUUUAAGAAAACACAAUUCGACUGUUUCUGUUCCUUCCAAUGAUGGAACUGUUACACAAGGGCUUAUUGCGGAUGAUGCAUUAAAGGAUGCAGACUUCCUUCCUCCAAUUGUCUCUCUUGAUGAAUUCAUGGAAUCCCAGCAUUCUAAGUCAUCAGUUGAAAAUCUAGUGGUUGAACCUGGCAAAGUGGCACCAACUGCAGAGAAGGAUAAUCCUGUGGUUGGCACUGUUCCUAAGUCUUCUGAUUUGACUCCAAGAAGUGGUCAUACUCGUAGUGCCCCUAAUAAAUCUGACCGUGAUCAGAAAACAUGUUAUAGUGUGGAUGCAGUCCAAGAAAAAGAGGUUGAUGCAGAAUCUGGGGUCGUUCCUCCUGAAACAAGCAGCAGUCAGAGUCAUGCUGACCUGAAGCCAAGUGAUGCUCAUCCUGCGGUAAGGUUGACUGCAGACAAGAAAUCUGCUUCUACUCGUGUUGAGUUGAAAGCGAGCCAGUCUCUUGCUGAAGAGAGAUGUGGUGGCAGUCAUAGGCAUUCCAAAACUGCAGUUUCAACUAUGAUAUCCAAGAGUGAAUUCGCUUGGCAGGGCAUGCUUCAGCUGAAUAUUUCAACCACUCAUUCAGUUAUAAGCAUCUUUAAAAGUGGUGAGAAAACUUCUACGAAAGAUUGGCCUGGAUUUCUGGAGAUUAAAGGCAGGGUUAGACUUGAUGCAUUUGAGAAGUUUCUGCAAGAGCUUCCUAUGUCCAGAACUCGAGCCAUCAUGGUUUUGCAUUUUGUUUCUAAGGAGGACUGCCCCGAGAAUGAGAAAUCAAUCCUUCGUGAGGUAGCGGAUUCAUACAUUUUGGACGAGCGAGUGGGGUUUGCUGAGCCUAUGCCUGGAGUUGAACUUUACUUUUGCCCUCCUCAUAAAAAAACAGUUGAAAUGCUCAGCAAGAUACUUCCAAUGGAACAAAUUGAGGCAGUUAAUUCUAUUGAUUAUGGCCUAAUUGGUAUUAAUGUAUGGAGAAAGACUCAUUCAACUUCCACUAUAUCACCCACUUCAUCAUCGCACCACAAACAUGGCUCUAAAAAGCAGUAUUUAUCAUCUAGGAGACAGCAAGAUACAAAUGUAAAUGCCAAUCUCGCCCCUAAAGCGGAGUCCCCCACGGGCUUUGCAAACACUCAGAGUGGACCCCCUUCUGAUGAUGAUAUCCCUCCAGGUUUUGGGCCAGCAGCGGCCCGAGAUGAGGAUGACCUCCCGGAGUUCAAUUUCUCCGGCAGGUCAAAUCCAUCACACUUGGCCCAAAAACCUUUUAUGCGACCCGUUGCUCCCCCAUCCCACACGAUUGACCAAACAUCACGCCCUGUGGAACAAAUGAGGGAGCUUGUACAAAAAUAUGGGCAAAGCCAGGUUAAUGCUUCCGGAAGCUGGCAUGAUAAGUUUGGGGCAACCAUUCAGCCCUGGAACGACGAGGAUGAUGACAUUCCCGAAUGGCAGCCCCAAACGUCCCAGAAUCAAUUUCACCCUCAACAACCCAGUCGCAGCUUUCAGCCGCGAUCUCACAUGCUGAGCCAUUCAUAUGGCGUUUCACAGUCAUUUGUGCAAGCCCCAAUGAAUAUGACGCCAGACCACCCGAGUUAUAGGCCUUUGUUGGUUCCUCCUGCGCAGAGAAAUAACCUUCAGCCGCCAUCUCUUGGGCACGCCUAUGGAGCCCCUGCGCAGGCCCCACCCUGGCAUCAGAAUGUUCCGAGGAGUAGGGGUUUUUAGUUUCGAAGACCAUUUUAUUUAUUUACUAUCUUGUAUUUGUUCUUAGAUGUAUGUAGCCAUGUAAUCAUAAAUUCUUUCAAGAGGUUCCCGUAGAUUUAGUAGCUUUCAGGAGGAAGCGAAAGACGGUUUUCUUGGCCCCACCCCCUUUCUCUUUCUGUUUAAAGCACUUUGCAAACUUUAGGGGUUUUUGGUUAAAACUCGGACAAAAUUUUGCCUGAAGCCAGUUCUUGUUU